UUUUCUGCUUUGGCACUUCGUAAGCUCUGAACUCUUGGAUAUGUUCCCUGACUCGGACCGCAUUGAUGGCGAUGAAUCCACCCGCAUCCUGCGGCACAUAGCCGCCAUGGACGUUCAUCGAUACUUCGGGAUUUCAGUCCCACAAAACGAUCUUUUACGAUGUCAAUCCGUUAAAAGCCAUGAGAUCAAAUUUUGAUGAUGUUCGAUCGAAGCUUUUCCAUAAACUAUGACAAUGCCGGAAUAGUUCGGAGGGAAAUAAACCAGAGAAGAGUCCGUCAUGGAGUCCCAAAAUUGGCCUUGAACAACGAGCUCAGCAAAGUAUGCCAUAGUUAUGCUGGGAAACUUUCCAAGGAGACAAAUAUUACCUAUUCGGACCCUACUAACAAGGAUUACACAGAAAGCAUCUGCAAAUUUGAAGUGAAGAGGGGAGCACUUUCAAUGUGUGUCAAGAACUGGUACAAUGGUAGAAAAUUCGAUAUUUUAGACCCGAGGGCUAAAGAUUUUACUGCCAUGAUUUGGAAGUCUUCAGUUUCCAUGGGUUAUGGCGACGCUAACAUAAAUGCUCGACAAGGCGUUUUCGUGAUCAGAUAUAGUCCACCUGGGAAUGUGAAAGGAUUAUACACGGACAAUGUUCCUCCCAAGAAACGAAGAAAGAAAAAGAAAAGGAAAAAGCAUAGGCAUAAACAAAAACGAGGCUGUGCCAAUCGUCAGUAUAAUCGAUGUGCCAUAUUGUUGUCGAUUCUUAUUUUGGUGUCUACUAAUUGGCCAAAUUAAUGUCUACUAUCUGGCAAACUUUCUUAUCAUAAUCUCAUUAAUAGAACCAAAACUAACCCCCAUUCCAAGAGAAAUUAUUAGUUUUUUCUGCUUCGGCUUUGACUCGGACCGCAUCCUGCGGCACAUAGCCGCCAUGGACGUUCAUCGAUACUCCACGGCAAUAUCCAGGGGCCAGUUCCACGGUGACCUUUCCGGAGACGCGCUGCUCGGCCAACUUGAUGCAUUUACGGUCAUACGUUGCCUCGGGACUGAACCAGAAACCAUUGUACACGUAGUCGGCCAUGCGAUCCCGCAGAACCUGCUUGGUGCGGAGUACUUCGCGGUCCAAAGCAAACUCUUCAAGGUCCUGGUGAACAGCAAAAAGGAUUGUGCCCCAGGCGUAUCGUACACCCCUCGGGAUUUCAGUCCCACAAAGCGAUUUUCUACGAUGUCAAUCCGUCCAAUGCCACCUUUUUUGGCCAAGUUAUGGCAUUUUUUUGAUAAAAAAAUAAUCACUCAUUUUUCGAUAACAAUAAAAGUAGUGGUUCAAAAGUGGAA